AGCACAUCGAUCACCACUAGUUUUAUAAUGGAUACUAGUGCAUAUAUUUAACCAGUUCCAGUUUGGUAGUCGGUUCUAACGGACGACAAUAAAAUUCUAAGAAAAUGUUUACGAUUCCGGCUGACGAAACAUAUCAACGAAUUAUAAAAAUAUUUUACCAUCUUGGAAUUUGGCAAUUGGACGAUGAAUCCGAAUACCGCAGAAUCGGCAAGAGAUUAUUCUACACUUUUUUCGGUGCUUUGUUACCAAUUUUUUUUGGAGCUAAUGCUCAUCUUUGUAACGAUCGAAAUGAAUCUAUCUUUUCUGCAGAGGCGGCCAUUAUAAACUCGGUUAUAUACAUGAAAUUUUUGUAUCUUCUGUUCAAGAAACCGGAAAUCCUCGCUUUUUUAUACGAUCAGACCGUUGUUCACUCAAUUGAAAAUCGUGACGAAUAUGAGCAAGCAAGCAAAAAGAUAGACAAAUUUAUAAGCUUCGUACGUCCAUAUUGUUCGGCCUUCUUUAUAACUGCUCCUUUGCUCAUUGUUUCUAAGCUACCAAUAUUCUCCUCCGAUGGAGGUUUGCCGGUUUUUAUCAGUUUAUCUUGGAACGAUUCAGAAAUCGUUUUUUGGUUGGCGUACUUGUUUGUGUCAUUGUCAACGCUCUUGUACGUCGUAGCUUAUUUAUUUACGCCCCUAAUUUGGUACAUGAUGCUUAAUUACUCUAUUGAGUACGAAUUGUUGGGAAAUAAAUUGAGAAAAUUAGGAGUGGGAAAGAAAACUGCUGUGAAACAGAACGAUUUACGACUGUCUCAACGAAGCAGGUUUGCUGAAGACUUAAUUGUUUUGGUCAAAGCAAACCGCACGUUAACCGAAACAAUCGAACGAUUCAGAUCCUGUUUCUCACCAUUAUUUUUGGGACAAAUCACAACCAGUGGCAUUGCUAUCUGUGCCUCAAUUUACAACUUAGCCUUCGCUUCGAAUCAAGACAUUGUGCAAACAGAAUUUCAUGUUGUUGUACUGCUGUGUGUAACUUUUGAUAUUUUUUUGGAUAUGUAUCUGGCAAACGACAUUACCGUUGCAAGUGAUCGACUAUCUUACUGCUUAUUUGAGUCAAAUUGGAUUGACCAGACAGAAUCGUGUAAGAAACAUGUUCUCAUCAUGGGCGAAGUGUUGAAGGAACCGCAAAAACUGGUCGUCUUGAUAUAUCCUAUGAACUUGGAAACUUUUCUGACGAUAAUCAAUGGUGCGUACAGCAUGUUCAACAUCUUAAAAAGCUUUCAGUAG